AUGGGAGGAGUCUCUUUCCUCUCCACUGUUCCUUCUUUCACCAAUCUUCAACAAAAUCUCACACUCUCUUCUUCUCAUCGCUCUGCUGUCAUUCGAUGCUGCAAGAUCAAACCCCAAGUUUCCGGUGAAAGUUUAGCUUUUCACCGCCGGGAUGUUCUCAAACUCGCCGGCACCGCCGUUGGAAUGGAAUUAAUAGGUAAUGGCUUCACUAACCAUGUGGGUGAUGCAAAAGCCGCUGAUUUGAAUCAGCGUAGACAGCGAUCCGAGUUCCAAUCAAAGAUCAAGCUUACGCUUUCGACAGCCAUUAAGGGUAAACCAGAGCUUGUACCUUCCAUACUCACUCUCGCCCUCAAUGAUGCCAUGACCUAUGACAAGGCUACAAAAUCCGGGGGAGCCAAUGGAUCAAUACGGUUCAGCUCUGAGCUAAGCAGACCAGAGAAUGCGGGGCUUUCUGAUGGGUUGGGUUUGAUUGAGGAAGCCAAGAAGGAGAUUGACUCGUUCUCUAAGGGCGGGCCUAUUUCAUAUGCAGAUCUCAUUCAAUUGGCAGCACAAUCAGCAGUCAAGUCUACCUUUUUAGCAUCGGCAAUCCGCAAAUGUGGUGGAAAUGAAGAAAAAGGAAACUUACUCUACACAGCAUAUGGUUCAAGUGGUCAGUGGAGCUUGUUUGAUAGACAAUUCGGAAGGGGUGAUGCAACAGAACCAGAUCCAGAAGGCAGAGUGCCACAGUGGGGCAAAGCAACUGUGCAAGAGAUGAAAGAUAAGUUCAUUGCCAUUGGAUUGGGUCCUCGUCAGCUAGCUGUAAUGUCUGCAUUCUUGGGUCCAGAUCAAGCCGCAACAGAAGAGCUCCUAGCUAGCGACCCGCAAGUUGCUCCAUGGGUUCAGAAGUACCAACGAAGCCGUGAAACCGUAUCUCAGACAGAUUAUGAGGUUGAUCUGAUAACUGCGUUGACAAAGCUAAGUGGUCUAGGACAGCAAAUCAACUACGAGGCAUACACAUAUCCUGUCGAACGGAUCAAUCUGAGCAAACUCAAGCUAUGA